GUUUCGCGCCACUUUUUUGUGUUAAAAAAAGUAAUUUGUUUAUCAUAGUUUUUUUAUGCUAAAUAUUUUAUUUGUCUUCUGUAUUAUUUGAUAAAAGGAAAAGUUAUUCGGCUGAAAAUUUGGAAAACCUAGUGCUCAAAAAUAUUAUUCAGUAGUUAUAAUUUUGAGUAUGUAAACAAACUAUUUUCAUUUUAUCGUGUAAUUUCAAAUUUGAAAAUAAACUCUUUUCAGAUAUGUCGGAAAAAAAUGAAGAUUUGACUUUGCCAUCAGCUGUUAUUAUGAGGCUAUUGAAAGACACUAUUCCUGAUGGCAUUAAUAUAUCUCGUGAAGCUAGAGCUAGUUUCGCCAGAGCAGCUGCAAUUUUUGCACUGUAUAUAACAGCUUGUUCUACACAUGUUCAAGCAACUACUCAAAGGAAAACAAUUACAGCUUCUGAUGUGUUUGCUGCCUUAAGUGACAUGCUUCUUGAUGACAUGAUUGAGCCUCUGAAGGAAGCAUUGGAAGCCUAUCAUGCAGAUAAAGGAAAGAAAGCUGCAGCAGCUGCUGCUGCCUCUCCUUCAAAAGCUAAUACAACUGGACGAGGAAGAAAGAAAAAAUCUGUAACCGAUUCUAUGAGAGAUGAUUCUAUCGAUGCUGCUAUCAAUGAUGCAAUUGGUGAACUGCAUGAAACUGAACAGACAGUUGAAUCUUCUAUAUGCGAUACUAAUAUGACUGUAGUUGAAACAACAGAUAUUAAUAUGACUGAUGUUAAUACAGUUGAAAUUUCUACUGAAUGAAUAUUUUCUGCUGCUGUAGAAAGGAACUGAUCUUUGACAAGUCAGUUAACAUAUGAUUUGUGCUAGCUAUAAUUUGAAAUGAAGAAUGGUGUAGAUUUGAAGAAUGAUCAAGUAAAAACGCUUGAAUAGAGACUUUGAUGAUGAUUUUAACUUUGAAUUAUCUCAUUUAAAAGAAGCUUAUCUGUUUUAUGAGUUGCAUGUGAUGGCUGCAGAAAGUUUUUGAUUGAUGAUCGAGUUGGAAAUAUUGUUGAGUUCUCCAUUAUUUUCUUUGUGAUUAAAACAUCGAGAUGUGUAAGUUCAAUUCUUUUUUGAACAUAAUUUUCUUUUUAAAUUGAAAUAUGUUAUUGAAUAUUAUUUUCAUUUGAUAUUUAAGGAUGCA